AACACUGAAAGCUCACUUCAUUCCCAGAGAGAACCGGCCAUGAAAGUCACUCACAGAAGCUUGCUAAUCCUUCUUGACUUCCAUCUGAUCUUCUCUGCCUUUGGCACUUUAAGUCAAGCAGCAGAGAAUCCAAUCCAUCGGGUGAAGAGAGUCCAGGGAGGAAGAGUGGACGUCAUUCAUCCCAGAAAUGAGCCAGUGCCAGCGCCUCAGAUACUCCCCAAAAACAUCUCCAAGACUCCAGAAGGCUGCAAUGUGACCCUGCAGUGCAUUGCAUCCACAGAAGAAAAGUUUGUUAUCUCCUGGGGAAAAGGGAAUCCCCCAAGGACCUUAGCUGGAGGUUCAAGUGAAUACCAGCUUUCCCACAAUGGUAGGGAUCUCCACGUCUCCUGGCGAAAAGGUUCCAAUGACUCCACGUUCACCUGCAUGGUCAGCAGUUCUUCAGAUCAAAAGGAAACCUCAGUUGAUAUGCUCAAAAUCUGCGCAAGUGAUAGAGGUGGCCUUGGACAAAUUAUACGUUGGGAGUUCAUGUUAAUUCUUCUUCUCCCCGUCGUUGCCUGUUUAUUGGUGGUCACAAUAAUCAUAGUGAAGAAAAGAAAAUCCAGGAAAAGAGAGAGAGAUGGAACCACCUAUGUUGAUCCCCAGGUUGACUGGAACAGAGAGGGCUGUUCAGUGAGGCCAUCCUGUGAAUCCCGAGAACGAGGCCUUGUGUGUUGUCCCCUAGACAACUGUUUCGGCAGGGAUCGCGAGGAUCGUUGGGACUAUGGGAUGCAGUGGUCGUUUGGGGAUGAAGGGGGCCCUGAGUUAUGCUGCUGCUUUGGAGUUCGAAUGGGACCCUAGCAGAACCUGCAAGUGUCCCUAUUUUCCAGCAACAGUCCUGGAUUUACAGAAGCCACCCCAGUUUCUGAUUUGAUCCUGG